AUGGCCGAAGAAUUUGUUUCAGCGUUUCAUGAUCUGCAGAGCGACGCUACAAAUAAUGAAAAACUGGUGGAGUUUGUCCGCAGCUACUAUGUCAACAACCUCAACGCCUCUGAGUUCUGCUCACCUCUCCAACUCCGUCUCAACCCUACAAACAACGACCUACCUGUAAAUGAUCCUACCUUUAUCUUUCAAAACUUCUUUAGUGAUAUAUCUCGUCUCCUUAUCAAACAUUUGAUGCUGGAGAAAGUGCUGAAAUCCAUGAACAAGGGUUUCAGCAAGCAGCUCAAUUCCAUUGGUGUCUCCAAGAAAGUGUAUUCUGUUAUAUUCAAUGCAGCGGCCAUGAUAUGUGCUGCCGCGGCUGCAGUUGUUGCGGCGAAUAUCAUUCCCAUGAGGGGAUGGGCGAGGGCAGGGAUCGGAGCGGUAGCUGCUGCGGCCUCCAUUCUAUUCACCGCGCUAGGGAAAUGGCGCCGAUCCAUUUUCAUGAAGCGUGAGAAUGAAGUGGAAAAACACAAAAAGAUAAUUGGUCAUAUGAUAAUGGUCGCCCGACCCAUCAUGACAGAUCUCGAUAGCGUUUACAAUACAGCUCGCAGCUUGGAGGUCGAGAUCGUAUCUUUGUCGGAAGCGGUUGAUGACGAGGUAAAAGUGGGGGACGUCGGAAAGAGGUUUGAAGAAUUACUACAGAAUGAUGAAAACUACAAUAGGGUUAUGAAGUGGGCUAAAGAUUCCGUGCUUCAGAGCAUAGUUAAUCAGUUGGGUUAA